AUGGCUCAGAACCACGAGGAUUUGGCCGCCGAGCUCCACGAAGAGCUUGGUGACCGCACACACAACGAGAAGAAGACUGAUCUCACUGGUGGCUUUAUUGCUCCUUCCGAGAUUAACGAGAAGCAAUCUUUUGACAAGCAGUCUGACCCAGAGUUUGGCAACACGCCUGACGGCGAGGAGCCCAACAACCAUGAGAGGGCCACUCUUCGCCGUGUUGGCGAGAACCUUCCUGCUUCAGCUUUCCUCAUCGCUGUUGUCGAGUUGACAGAACGUUUCGCCUACUACGGUGCUCAAGGUCUAUUCCAGAACUACAUCUCUUACGCCAAAGAUGGAGCCGAUGGCCCCAAGGGUCUCGGCAUGGGUAACCAGGCCGCUACCGGUCUCAACCUGUUCUUCCAAUGGUUUUGCUACGUGACUCCCAUUCUCGGUGCCAUCGUUGCCGAUCAGUACCUCGGAAAGUACAAGACCAUUCUCGUCUUCUGUGGUUUCUACUGGGUUGGUCUCAUCAUUCUCUGGACGACUGCGCUACCAGCCGCCAUGGCUGUUGGUGCCAGCAAGCCCGGUUACAUCGUUGCUAUCAUCGUUAUCGGUCUGGGAACUGGAGGUAUCAAGUCCAACAUUGCGCCUCUUAUCGCCGAUCAGUACCAAAGACGCAGAAUGGCCAUUCGAACUGAAAAGUCCGGAGAGCGAGUCGUCAUCGAUCCUGCCAUUACCUACCAGCGUAUCUACAUGAUCUUCUACUGGUGCAUCAACGUCGGUGCCCUUUCUCUGCUUGCCACCCCCUUUAUGGAGAAGUACGAGGGAUUCUGGACUGCCUACCUGAUGUGUUUCUGCAUGUUCAACAUCGGUAUCCUCACCCUUGUCCUCCGCCGCAAGACCUUUGUCAACCGUCCUCCUCAGGGAUCCGUCAUCACCGAUGCUUUCAAGGCCCUCGGUAUGAUGAUUGCUGCCCGCAACACUGAUGCUGCCAAGCCCUCAUGGCGCGAGGCCAACGGCAAGACCAAGGCUGUCCCCUGGAACGACCACUUCGUCGAUGAGCUCAAGCGUGCUCUCCGUGCUUGCAAGGUCUUUGUCUUCUACCCCAUCUUCUGGGUUUGCUACGGACAGUUCUCCACCAACUUUGUUACCCAGGCUGGUCAGAUGAAUGGCCACGGCGUCCCCAACGAUCUGAUGCAGAACUUUGAUCCUAUCUCCAUUUUGAUUUUCACUCCCCUUAUCGAGAAGGUUCUCUACCCCAUCCUGCGACGCUUCGGAAUCGAGCUUCGACCUAUUGCCCGAAUCACCAUCGGUUUCUGGUUCGCUGCUCUGUGUCUCGCUUACGCCGCUAUUGUCCAGCACAUCAUCUACUCUUCUGGACCCUGCUACGAGUCCCCCAAGGACUGCCCUGCCGGCCUGGUCGACGGCAAGAACCUCCCCAACAAUGUGCACAUCGCCAUUCAGACCCCCGCCUACAUCUUUAUCGGUAUUUCUGAGAUCUUCAUCUCCGUCACUGGUCUCGAGUACGCCUACACCAAGGCUCCUCCUUCCAUGAAGUCUUUCGUCCAGUCCAUCUACCUCUUCACCAACGCUUUCGGUUCUGCUAUCGCCGAGGCUCUCGUCUCUCGCGCCAAGGACCCCGACUUCCUGUGGCUCUACGUCGGUGUUGGUAUCGCCUCUGCCGUUACCGGUUGCAUCUUCUACGCUCUGUUCCGCCACUACGAUGCCCAAGAAGAUGCCAUGUACGACCUGGAUCGCGAUGCGCCAGUUCUUACUCACAACGGUAUCAAGGAAAGCGAGGAGACGAAGUAA